AUGGAUGAUAUUGAUCGAGAAAUCGUUCCUUUAAAUAAAUUUGAAGAAAAUCUGUAUACAAGUACUCCAAUAUCUGAUCUUAGUUCUAAU